AAAAAAGGAAAAAAGAGAAAGAAGAGUCCUGUGGAGAACCACUCAGAAGGAGACAGAAAGACAGAGAGGAAGGCUGAAUGGAGAGGACCGAGGCGAUGCGCGGAUAGAGGAGAGGCGCAAAAGGAAUCCGUGCGCCUUCUCCAGCUUCAGGAGCGGUGUCUUUUUUAAAUCUAUUUUUUACUGUGGGGCUUGGAGGAGAUCUGCUCUGCCAUGGACGAGCUGUGUGAGAUGGACUGCACGGUGCUGAAGCGGCUCCUGAAGGACGACAGCGCCAAGUGCCUGCUGCUGGACUGCCGCUCCUUCCUCGCCUUCAGCGCCGGACACAUCCGCGGCGCCGUCAACGCCCGGUGCAACACCAUCGUCCGCCGCCGGGCCAAGGGCUCCGUGCUCAGCCUGGACCAGGUCCUGGCCGGGGACGAGGAGGUCCGGGGCCGCCUGCGCUCCGGGAUGUACUCGGCCGUGGUGCUGUACGACGAGAGGACGCCGGACUCGGAGGCGGUGAAGGAGGACAGCACCCUGAAUGUGGUGCUCAACGCGCUGUGCAGGGACUCCUCCGGCUCCGACAUCUACCUGCUCAAAGGGGGAUACGACAGAUUCUUCUCGGAGUAUCCAGAGUUUUGUUUAAAGACCAAAUCCUUACCGUUCCUCAGCAGCCAGUCCAGUGUCGACUCGGCCUGUUCAUCAUGUGGAACGCCGCACAACGACCAGGGCGGCCCGGUUGAGAUCCUCCCGUUCCUCUACCUUGGCAGCGCCCUGCACGCCUCGAAGAAGGAGGUCCUGGACGGCAUCGGGAUCUCCGCCUUGCUGAACGUGUCGGCCAACUGUCCCAACCACUUCGAGGGGGCGUACCAGUACAAGUGCAUCCCUGUGGAGGACAACCACAAAGAAGACAUCAGCUGCUGGUUCCUGGAGGCCAUCGAGUUCAUAGAUUCCGUACGGGACUCCAGUGGGCGAGUGCUGGUCCACUGUCAAGCCGGCAUCUCCCGCUCCGCCACCAUCUGCCUCGCCUACCUGAUGAAGAGGAAGCGGGUGCGUCUGGACGAAGCAUUCGAGUUUGUCCGCCGGCGCCGCAGCAUCAUCUCCCCCAACUUCAGCUUCAUGGGCCAGCUGCUGCAGUUUGAGUCGCAGCUCCUCGCCACUUCCUGUGCAGCCGAAGCGGCCGCCACGGCGAGCCCGCUGCUCGGACCCAAGGCGACGGCGACGACCGCCUCGACGGCGGCCUCGCCCACCUCUCCGUUCAUCUUCAACUUCCCGGUGUCGGUGGUGAACCCGGCGUACCUGCACCACAGCCCCAUCACGACCUCCCCCGGCUGCUGAUGGACGGCUGGCCGGCCGCGGCCUUCCCUCUACCUUCGCUAACGUGAGCACAGACUUGGCCGGGAGAGCCGACCACUGCAGUAUGUUCAUGCUUCCAGGGCAGGGAGGAGAGAAGCAUCACGGUGCCUGAUUCAAAAACUCACAAGACUGAAAACAGACUUCUUAAACCAGCCAACGCUCCUUCCAUUUUAACACGAGAUUUCUUCAGAUCGACCAAAAAUGAACUGGCUUUUUCUUUCAGAUGGAGUGUUGGACUGAUGCACCCUCUUCCUUGACAAAAAACAACAACAACAACAUACACAGGGACACACUGAAGCUACGUGUCCACUAGAUGCGUUUUUCUUGCACGUAAACGCUCAUGUGACCGUAUGUGCAUUUAUACUCCGUGCAGCGUCUGCUCCCAAACUGCAGGGGGCAGUGUAUCGCAAACACAUGUCUACCUGGUCUACUCUAGUAAUAAACUAGAGAAGAAGAAGUCUGCUUCCAAACUGCAGGGGGCAGUGUAUCUCAAACACACGUCUACCUGGUCUACUCUAGUAAUAAACUGGACUAGACUCGAAGUUUGCCGUUGUUUUCACCACUUACAACAUGGUAUUUUACCGAAUAGUUGCAUUUCAGCAGUCAGUUUUAAUUUCACACCAUGAAUAGUUCAUAACCCGGUUACCAUGGUGAUGAAUCGUACAAAUGCCUGAACUUCUGCUGCUAGGAUCUCCUAUUCUUCCGCGUGUCUACGUCCGCGUAGUUAGAAAAAUUCAGACGUGGAAAUUUUCCACGUGAGAAGGGCCGUGUGAGGGGGCGUGGCUGCUAAAAUGACGUAAUUCGUCCGCACAGAGCUGCUGAAAUUCUGUCAUGUGACCAAGUUGUGACCCGCCCACCAUGCGUGUGAUUUUCAGAUGCGGGAAAACACAUCUAGUGGACACGUACCUUAACACACAACUCAGAGAGGCAUGAGCAACAGCAAAACUCUCUCUCUUCUCUCUCUCUCCCACACACAAACACAUUCAUGACUACCGACUGAAUAAGCUCAGUAUGAAGACGGGCUGUUGCUAUGGAGACGACAGGUCUUUAGGAGAGGAGAUGGACACAGGAAGGAAGGAGGAAUUUUAAGCACCCGCUCUUUCCCCCCCUUUUGGGUGUCCCUCCUGUUGCCGGACAAAAGAGAUGGAUGGAAAAAAUAGGGGAGGAGACGGUGAUAGAAAGCAGGAGCCUCUUCACUGACAGGUGCUCCGCCGGCGAUCCGACCGGAGCUUCCUGUCUUUCAUACGUCCUCUUCCUCUCCACCGUCCACCUUCCCCCUCCUCUCAUCUCCUUUUCAUCCUUUUAUACUCCUCCUCUCCCCUCAUCCUCUCAUCUCUUUGCCUCUCAUCUUCACCCUCCCCUCCACUCCGCUCCUCCCCUCCUCAGCGAAGAAGCUAAAUAAAUAAAAUCAGAAGCCAAAUAAAGAGCAGGUUCCAUGUAAGCAGACCGGGAAACCCCUCUACAAGGCCCCUGACACACGCUUUAGGAAACCCCUUCUGUUACAUCACUAAAGAAAGUUGUUUUGGAUGAAAGGGCUGAAAAAAAACACCAGAAGAAGAGAGUGCCGUCUUAGAAAUCAGUGGCUGAGCAUGCUUUGUUUCUGUGUCUUUUCCUGGAUUCUCCUUUUUAGAUCAGAUUUUAGAGCUGGAAGACAGCCACUUAAAGGACCAUACUGCUGGUUUUGUAUGUUUUAAUCCACUAUGAAUAAUGUAUUCUUUACCACUGAUGAUUUUCCAAAACAUACACAAAUUUUUAGAUCUUGUUUUCAGUUCUUCUCAGCAGGUUUAUUUUUACAGCGGACUGAGAUGAACGGAAAACAUCGACUCUUAUUAUGUGCUUUGGAAAAUUCUGUUUUUUUAUUUUUAGGUUCGUGGGCUAAAAGGUGCAUCAUCCCAAUGGUCCUUUAAGGUGUUUGUGCCUUGUUCAUGAAGGUAUCCUGUGGAUUUACACGUCCCUGGAUCUGCCAGCAGGGUGUUGAUUUGUUUUUUUUUUUUUGUAGUAGCUGCUUAGAAAUUACUGAAUGUUGGUCAGACUUCUAAAAUAAUCUCAGUGCAGAACGGACUCUUUUUCCACAACGUCACCAGAGCAAAAGCUUCUCAAUCACACAAAUGCACACAUAUAAUGUACACGAGUACUUUGACAGAUAUUAUAAAACCUCUAAAUACUUACAUUAAAAAGAGCAGUUAAACAGAUUCACCAAAACUAUGAAAACAUGGAAACUUCCUCCUCUAUUCCACAUUUCCUGCCAUUUGCAGAAAAUUGAAAGUAAUUUGUGGAGAAUUCAACUUACCAAACAAGAAACAAAAAGGAUAUAUGUAAAUUGUAAAAAUACAAUUUUGAAUUUGUGUAAAUGAUGUUCUAGGGCAGGGGUGUCAAACUCAUUCUAGUCCAGGUUCCACAUUCAGCCCAGUUUGAUCUCCAAUGACCAGUAAAAUCACAGCAUAAUAACCUAUAAAUAUUUCCUAAUAUUUCCUUUGUUUUAGUGCAAAAAAGUGUGUUCUGGAAAUGUUCACAUUUAAGGAAUUAUCUUUUUACAAAACAUUAUGAACAACCCCAAAUUUCUUCAGAAAAAUUCAAGUUCAAUUUCAUCAACAUUCAGCCUCAGUUUAUCAUUUCCACAUUACAACUUCCAGAUCACAGAGUGUCUACAAAGGAACACAACAUUUAGUCACAGAUAUCUGGAAUUGAAUGAUGUAGUAUUUUACUUUAUGAUCAAAACCAGUCAGACAAAAAAAAGACAAAAAACAACAAAAACUAUACAAAAUAUUACAAAAAUGAGACAAACGACACAAAACAACACAAAAAAGAGACAAAAAAAUUAGACAAAAAAGUUACAAAGCAACAAAAAAGAUGAGACCAACGACACAAGCGAGACAAAAAUGACACAAAACAACAAAAACGAUACACAAAACAAUGAAUAAAACAAAGCACGAAAUGACAAAAAUAAGAAAACAAAUACUAGCGAGACAAACAGGAAAACUCAAAACGACAAAAACGAGAAACAAAACGACGAAAACAUGAGACAGAAACGACAAAAGUCAGACAAAAAAACCCAAAAAAUAUUACAAAACGGAGACACAAAACAACAAAAAAUGAGACUAAAAAGUUACAAAGCAACAGAAAAAUUAGACAAAAAAUGACAAAAGCGAGAAACAAAAUGACGAAAAAAAAAAGACAACACAAGCAUUUUACAGAUUUACACUUUGCAUUUAAUGUCUUCUCUGUAAUUUUUACAGUUUGAGGCCGGAUUCGACCCUUUGGAAGGUCGCUUUUGGCCCACGGGCCUCAUGUUGGACACCCCUGCUCUCGGGUCAUAUAGCCUCUGAUGUUGUCACAGAUGCACCCAAAUCCAAAUCACUGAUUCAUUCACUUUUAAUAAUUAUAAUAAUGGGAAGGUGUACUUAACAGUUAGUUCUCAUUAUAACCUUCUACACAGCUCCCUUAGUAGCACUUACAAUCCAUUCAACAAUAACAAAAGCAGUGACUUUUUUGGACCUCACACCAAAACUGUUGUUUAAAUCUUCAUAAUAACACAAUCUGAGACAUUUGCGUUGCUUCUGUUCCUCACCAGGUUAAGCUCUAAACUGUGCUUGACGUACAAAGGCAAAAAAAAAUCCACACACACACGGUUUCAAAGAAAACAAACCUUUUCCUGUUUUUGAAGAUUGUCGGCACCUAUCUCUGUAGCACUUUCAAGUGAUGCAAUAUUGUAUUUGUAAUUUCUGAUUGAUUUGCACAUCAUGGCGAUGCUCAGACUGACUGCUUUGUCCAUGUAGAGAGAGAGAGAGCGAGAGAGAGAGAAAAGAGUCAAUCAGUGAAAAAUGCAAUACUUUCUACACGAGUGUGAUCUGUACCUGUCCAACUGUCUGCCUCUCUGUGUUAGUCCGUCUGUCUCCACUGUGUCUCCGUCUGGUCGACACUGUUCACCCGUCAUGGCAAUAUCAAUCCUCAACUCUUUAUAUACAUGCAUACAUACACACACAUAUGUAUGCAUAUAUAUAAAACGAAACCGUUUCCCCUUGAUUUUAUUGUGGAAUGAAUGAUCUGUGCAUUUAUUUAUUACUGAAGAUCCACUGUUGAAUAAACAAUGUUCUUAAUUAA